GUGAAGGUUGUGAAUGAGGAGCUCUAUCGAAAAGCCUUUGAGGAAAUAGUCCGCUCCCUGGAUAAGAUGGAGAAUGCCAACAUUCCCUCGGUGAUGCUGUCCCAGAGAGAGUUCCAUUUUGAGGAUGUUAAAUACAUGCAGCUGCAAGUAGAGAGGUUUACAAUCCGCAAUGGACAAGUGCCCUGCCAGUUCGAAUUUAUCAGCAAACCAGACGAGGAAACCUACUGCAAGGAGUGGCUGAUUGCUAAUCCCAGUAAGGGCUUUCUGCUCUCAGAUGCUGAGGUCACAAUUGAGUUGGAGGUGUUUGUCAAUAAAUCAACAGCUACACACUUAAACUCUGGAGAGGAAAAACUUGAAGAUAUCUUGGUCUUGCAUCUUAACAGGGGGAAGGAUUACUUUCUAUCUGUAACAGGCAACUACUUGCCAAGUUGCUUUGGGUCUCCUAUUCAUACGCUGUGUUACAUGAGGGAACCGAUCCAGGACAUGUCAGCAGAAUCCUUUCAGAAACUGACCCUGAUGCCACUGGACAUGAGUGAUGAUGAUGUUCAAGCUGAAAAGCCCAUGGACAUUCCAAAAGAGCUCUGGAUGAUGGUGGAUCACUUGUACCGCAAUGCUUCCCAGCAGGAGGACCUGUUUCAGCAACCAGGCCUCAGAUCUGAAUUUGAGCAAAUCCGAGAUUGUUUGGACAAAGGAAUGCAUGAUACCCUCCUUGGCAGCAACCACUCGGUAGCAGAAGCCCUGCUACUCUUCCUGGAAAGCCUGCCAGAGCCUGUCAUCUGCUACAGGUUCUACAGCAGCUGUUUGGAGAGUGCCAGCAACUACCCACUGAGCAGCCAGAUCAUCUCUAACCUGCCAAGGUGCCAUAAAAAUGUAUUUGAAUAUCUAAUGGCAUUUCUACGAGAACUACUGAAGAAUUCAGGGAAAAACCAUUUGGAUGUGAAUAUUCUUGCUAGUAUAUUUGGCGGCUUGUUACUUCGACCUCCUCCUGGACACCCUAUGCCCGAUAUAACUGAAAAGAAGAAAGCUCAGCAGUUUAUCCAUCAAUUCCUCUUGAGAGAAGACAGUUUACCAUGAAUUUCAGAUGCAGCUAAUCUGAUUUUUAGAUAUCAAAUUCUUGUAAAAAAUUUUUUUUUUGUACAGUAUACUGAUUAUAUUUUGAUAUCACAGUAUUUUAUACAACUGAUUGCUUUUGAAGGCACAGGUUGGGCAGUUUGAAUCAGAUAUCACUGCUUAAGCUGUAUAUCAAAUUUCUGAAUAAGCUAUAUGUAGACAAGCAAAAAUAUAAAAGCUGAUGUUUACGCUGUAUUUUAUUUAACUUGUCUUAAAAGUCAGAAUUUUUAAGUCCUUGUUAUUUAAAUAAAAA